UUUCAUUCAGGGCAAUCCUGGUCGCUCUCCAUCACCUACAUAUGUGGAUCUUGUGAUUUAUUGACUGACAGUGACAGCGGAAGGGAGGAGCCUGUGGAGAUUUUAUUUGGUCAGCUAUCACUGGAGUCCACAGCAGUUUUUCCUCUAAAUGCAUCGAGUUUAUUUUUAGUUACAACCGAUUCCAGCUUGAAUUUGGGUUAAACCAUUACAGGGAGGGAGCUGGGUUUUUUUUUUCUCAGUGUUGUAUGAAUUUCAGUAUUUGUAAUGGAUGGUUUAAAUGGAACUAUCGAUCCCAGAUGUUUAGCCGAGCCACCAAUGGCUUUGGAUGUUAUUAACCAGCUGGAUGUGUUUGGGAUUGCACUAUACUCCAUCCUGACUUUCAUGGCCAGCAUGUCAUUAUUGAUAUAUUUGGAAGAGUGUUUGUACGUCUACAAAAACAUCUCAUACCCAAAGAAAACCACUAUCAUAUGGGUCAGCGGUGCUGCACCGACAAUUGCUGUUAUGUCGUGUCUUGGAAUGUGGAUCCCAAGAAGCACCAUGAUCACAGAUAUGACCUCUAACUCAUAUUUCGCAAUUGUGAUCUACAAGGUGCUGAUCCUCCUGCUGGAAGAGUGCGGCGGUGAAAAGGCCUUUCUGAAGUACUCGGAGAAUGAGACGUUCAAGAUCAGCACGGGACCGUGUUGCUGUUGCUGCCCCUGCCUCCCUCGAGCGUCCAUCACACGGCGCACACUGUUCCUGAUGAAGCUGGGAUCGUUGCAGUACGCCAUAAUGAAGACAGUCCUCUCUGUAUUCAGUAUCGUUUUAUGGACAAAUGGAAUCUUCGAUGUUACUAAUCUGGACAUAACAGGAGCUACUAUCUGGAUAAACCCAUUCAUAGGAAUCCUGACUAUUAUUUCCUUGUGGCCAGUAGGCAUCAUGUUUAUGCACAUACGAAGAACACUAAGCAGCAUCAAGAUCAUUCCCAAAUAUGCCAUGUAUCAGCUGGUUUUGGUCCUGAGUCAGUUACAGGCAGCUAUUAUUAAUAUCCUGUCUCUUAAUGGGACAAUUGCCUGUUCGCCGCCCUUCUCGUCCACAGCGCGAGGAUCCAUGCUCAGUCAGCAGUUAAUGAUUGUGGAGAUGUUUAUCAUUACGCUGGUGAACUGGACGCUGUAUAGACGUCCGUAUGAUCCUGUCAAGCUGGAGCAUUAUGAGGGUGAAAAUAACCUGGAUGCUAAGGCCAGCUUGAAACGAUGCUUGGAUGAGGAACAUGAGGCCUGAUGAGGAAGAAUAUAUAAAAUAUAUAUUACAAUUCUGUAUCUUUUGUAUUUGUGUUUUUGUAUUUCAAUAUUUCAUGUAUGAUGUGCAGUAUAAAGUAUUAUAAAUAUAAUAAAAAAAACACUAUACACUG